GAUUUAGUCGCUGUUUACGUAAACAACGAAUCCAUUUAGUAGUGAGAAUUAACAUCUAUUAUGCUACACCCAACGCUGUUCCUGCUCUUUGCCUUCGUCCCCCUGGCAGAUGUUGUCACAACUUCGUCAAACGAUAAGGACCUUCCAGAUGUUCAAAGCCACCUGCCUGAUCGGUCUCUUCGCAGUAUCCCUGCCGUCUCUAUAAAGAAUGUUCCUUCAUCCCAGUUGUUUGAUGGAUCAGAUGAAGCGAAUAAGAGAAGUGCGGGCGCCGUCAAACGUACACAUUUCAAAGGGCUUGUGCUUCCUCGUGAUCAAUGGGCUUCAAGCCUGUGGCCAAGAGGAGAAGUUCCAUAUGAAAUGUCACCAAAGUACAAUUCUCAAGAACGAAGUAAAAUCCAGUUGGCGAUGGACGCAUUUCGCAAUCACACGUGUAUAAAAUUUCGACCGCGAACUCUAAGUGAUAUGUAUUUCAUAUCAAUCUCGAAUGAUUUUAACCCAGGGAAGUGUUCGAGCCAAGUCGGUCGUCAAACAGAUAAGGAUUCUCGUACACCUGAGGGCAAAUUCAAAACAGAGAUGAAUUUGAGUCGUGAUUGCUUCACUCAAUCUACUUUGCUUCAUGAACUGAUGCACGCUAUCGGCUUUAAACACGAACAUCAGAGAGACGAUCGCAAUCCACUUAUUGAUGCAGCGCUUGACCCACACGGGGAUGAUUGGUAUCGUCACAAUCAUAAGAUCUACCCGAGAACCAAGAUGUACUACAUGGGCGAUUACGACCCAGAGUCUAUCAUGCAUUACUCUUUUCCCAAUUUCAAAAACUAUGAACGGCAGUACUUUUCAAAAUCGGACAUCAAGAAUAUCAACAAAUUAUACAACUGCUCAGUGUAGCAUUCCUCUAUGAAGUGUUCACUCAAGGGAUGGCAACGGUGUUUCUUUUAUUAUGUAGUAAAUUUUUGAAACUAUUCUUCCAUCAAAAAAAAAACAAUAAAUGAGCUAACC